UUAACAUGUCAAUCUAAUUAAUAGGUCUAAUUAUUUGGGUGUGGUAUUCUCUGUGUUCACAACACACUGUUGAUUUAAACUUGUGAAAAACUGUGUAUUAAUUUUUAUUGUAAUCAUUUUUGGUCUGAGAAAGCUUUCCAUUCGGUGUAGAAAACUUCAAGGUAUGGCUGCUAUAGUUACCCAAGAGUCCACUGGUGUUAUGGCAGGUGUACGGAGUGGAUCACAGCAUGCACAGGCCCCUCCACUCCCUGGUCCUCUGCCCUCCAGAGUGUUAAACCCAGAUGAGCAGCUCCAGCGAAACCAGCCCUUUUACGUUCCCACUGUCCAGCCUCUUUUCCCAUAUCAAUGGCCCAUGUCAACACCAUAUGUUCCCUACAGUGGACUUCAUGGGUUAGGUUAUGGCAUGAUGCCACUACUACUUCCACCAUGUUUGGAAGUCCCUGGAUACAUGAUUCCUCAUGCUCAACUGCCCAUAUUGGACUACAGACAUAUAAUUCCCCGUGUGGCUCCAACUAUUGCCCACCAGACCCACCGCUCCCAUUUUCAAAACAAUGUGCCCAUUGGUCGUGUAAUGGUCAGCUCAGAGGUGCAAACUGAACCCCUUUGUCAUAGCAUAGACUCACAUGGACAUGCAGCAAGAUCCCAAAAUUGUUCUGAAUCAGGAAGGGGUACUGGCUGUGGCAGUCCAGUGUCAACAUCACCCUGCUCCUCAGAUAACAAAUCAGUAGCUUGCCCUGAAGGUACAUCCGUGCUGACUCAAAAUUGCAACACCACAAAUGCUAUUGACACUACUGGUUUAUCUGCUGUUCCCAAGAGUGAAAUCCUCCAAGCUGAACGGGUGCAAAUCAAAUGCAGUGAAAUGCCUUCUGGGCUUAAGAUCUUUCAGAACAUGGAACUAGCUGGUCAUAACGAAACUGACCUUUUGCAGUGCAGCUUGGCAUCUGUACAAUCUUCGGAGGAUGUCGUCUUGUGCUCUUACCAGUCAUUAGCAUUAAGGAAGGAUAAACAGAGGGUUGAAGCUGGGAUGUUAAGAUACUCCAGUAAGCAUUGUCUUCCUGCUUGUACAGAAGUUAAUGUGGUAACUUCUCCAUCUUGUAGAACUUUUAAAACAUAUUCUAAGCCAAGCAGAUCCGUCAUUACCCAAAGCAUUAAAGCAAAGAAAAAAUCAGAAAUGCCAUUUCAGGCAGAGGUAAAGGAAAAUGGGAACUCUUCCAAUGUUCUUGACAUACAGAACCAUAACCAGCCUUGUCAGCUUGAGGCUUCUAUCUUGUCGGUAGAGUCUUUGAUCCCGUAUGUUCCUUCCAGUGAGUGGAUGAUAGAGAAUCUUCCAACCCCUCAGAAACCUUUGAGCCCACUGAUUGAACCCAGUGACAUUAUCUCAAAGCCGAAUUGUAUUCCUGUAGGGAAGAAUCUACAAACUGGCGCAUCAAAUAAAAAUCAUGGUCUUCCACAUCAUCCAGAAGCCUCUAUCUGGUCAGUAGAAUCUUUGAUGCCAUAUGUGCCUUCCAAAGAGUGGAUGGUUGAGAAUGGGGUUCUAACUCCUCAGAAACCUCUGAGCUCCCAGAUUAAACCCAGUGACGUUCUGUCAGAGUUGAAUCGGUCUUCCACUAGUGCUGUUUCAGUAGGGGAAAAUCUACAAACUGGCGCAUCAACUGAAAAUCAUGGUCUUCCACAUCAACUAGAAGCCUCUAUCUGGUCAGUAGAAUCUUUGAUGCCAUAUGUGCCUUCCAAAGAGUGGAUGGUUGAGAAUGGGGUUCUAACUCCUCAGAAACCUCUGAGCUCCCAGAUUAAACCCAGUGACAUUCUGUCAGAGCUGAAUCGGUCUUUCACUAGUGCUGUUUCAGUAGGGGAAAAUCUACAAACUGGUGCAUCAACUAAACGUGUGAACUCCCUCAAGGCCCGCUCACCAUACCGUCCCUCAACAAGCUGGCUGGCUGACUUUGGUAAUGUAUACUACUACAGUAAGUUACCCAUUGUACAACAACAACCUAACAUUCCAGAGAGGCGGCUGCCAAAAAUGUCCUUCGCCAUUAGUCUUGAAUCUUCUCCUCUCAGAAAUGGGAAAGAGACCAGGGACCAAAGACCAGCAAUUGGUGUCUCGGAUCGGAAGCACAGUUCAUUUCAUGCUUGCAAGAGCAAAGCAAAAAGCAGUCCAAGGUUUGCUAGAUCUGCUAUGACAUGUGGUUUGGUUUCUCAUUCCACAUUGGAGAAAAAACUUCCCUUCAGCCCAUCAUGUAGAUAUGACCUGAAAGGAAAGGAUCGUAGAAAGCUUUCCUUUUCAGAUGGUCUUGGCAGCAAAAGAGAAGAGAUUGCUGAAGUGAAAACCUUUGACGAGAAGAGGGCUACUGAUGGACUCUGUGAUACUCAAGAUAAAUUUGUUGACUUUGAAUGGAGAAUUUGGGAACCGAGUGAGGAAGACUGGAUCACCCCAAAUAAGAGCUUGUUACAGAGACUACAGAAAGACAAUGCAUGGAAAGGAAGUAUUCAGGCAUCUAAAACUGAAAGGAUCCAGAAAAAGGAAAGAGUACAUGCAAGAGCUCACACAAGAGGGAGACACAGUGCACACCCCAUGGAGAAAGUAAAUGCACAUUAACGUUACAAAUGUUUAAACCCUUUUGUCACUCAAAUACUUGCGUGUCAUUUUUAUGCAGUGAUUUAAUAAAGUACUUAUGACUGCAAA